AUGUACCAGAGAGCGCAUCCAAGUCAGGUUAAUGGGUCGUCCUCACAGCUGCCUGCCUCGCUCACGCUUCUUCGACGGCUUCAAUUUGCCCUGUACCGGAACUUCACAAGGCCUGAUGCGCGUAUUAUAGUCUCGUCUGAUACCGGCCGGGUUGGAGAUGGACCAACCAAGCCAAAAUACUUUGCUGUCGCAUAUGCCGAAUUCUCCACGGGCCCGGAUACCCAAAUGGUCAUGUAUUCGUCCAUGGAACAGGGUAGCCCGACUGAUGAGGAACUACCGGUCCACGAGGGACACGUCAUGAAUCUUGUCCGGACACUGGUGAGGCUGCGCAAAGAAUAUGGCGGCAAGCUGGUCUACGGCAACAGUCUGCUCGUAGGCAGUCUGCAUUCAGACGUGCGCAACAUCUUGGCCAAGACGGGGAGAGUGACGACACGGCCGUCCGGAGAUUACGACAAGUGGCUGUUUAGGAUGGAGCAUUUGCCCGAGCCGAAAGAGACUCUGCAUCUGGCGGGAAUGCGUUGGGGGACGGCCUCUCUGGAGGACUGCAGGCUUGUUGCUUCGAGAACGGACAUUCCCCGGCCGCCCUUGGGCCUUUAUCGGUAUAAUUUUGCGUCUCUUCCUCCAGGGCAGCCCGGGACCGUCACUGACACUGAAACAGGACUGGAUGGCUCGUUGAUAAGUCUGCAUUGCGAGGACGGCUAUCGCAGACGAGGCAUCGCCAAAUUGCUGGCAGCCAAGCUCCUCCGCCAGACAGGAGUUGAAUUCUCCAAUGCCAAGUAUGCCGGCCACGAAUGGUCUUGUGCCGACGUGACGCGGGACAACGAGGGCAGUCGAGCAAUGUGCACGAGUUUAAACGCCACGCCACGCUGGUCUGUAUCAUGGGUGACGCUAGACUUGUCAGAGAGUUUGUAG